AUGCACACGACGGCUCAACUGGACAGUCUGGAGCAGAAGCGCUCAUCGGCCAGCCUGAUCUUCCGGAUUGAGCAGUUGCUACCCAGCACCAGCCUCUCGCCGAGCACAACCAUAAGCACCGCCUCCUCCUCCUUGGCGGCCACGCCAAGUACGCCGACGACAAGCACAGCACCGAGUCCCGCCAAGAGGGUCAGGAGUAAUCCCCGGCCUGGAGUCUACACAGCACAAUAUACGCCCAAGGAUACCUGCUCUAUUCCCGUGCCCACUUCCGCCCUGCUGAGCUCCACGGCCACGCCCACGGAUGGCGGACGUAGCCACUGUCAGAUGGCCAAUGGCGAACUGAUCGUUUCCGCCUCGCUGCUGCGACAGAUCAAGUUAUCCGAGGAUGUGUACAGCUUCAAUGCCAUCUUCGAGCUGCAGGGCGGACAGGUGCGAGUGCGCCUGGUGAGGGAUGUGGCGCGGGAGGACGAGAUCGUGGCCUGGUUUGGGGAGGAGCUAGUGCUCCUCAUGGGCAUACCCUUCCUGACGCCCCUAAAUAUACAAGGAAACAGUCGUUACACCUGCCACCUUUGCCAUCUUACCUUUGAGACUCCGCAUCCCCUGAAGAUCCACCUUGCCCUUGGCUGUGGACGCAGUGCCAUGGAUAUCCUGUGGAUGCGCCUGCACUACGCCUUAAAGGCGGCAGCCAGGAGUCAGACAGUCACCCAGGGGUCACCCACACCGGCAGCAUCGUCCACCUCUUCGGCUUCGCCCUCGCAUUCGCCUCCGCCACCACCUCCUCAGAUGACGCCCCGCUUCUCCGCCUUUCGACCAAUCGCAGCCCUGGCCCAAGGAUUGCCCAUAACGACGGCAACUAGUACAGCGGGACCGCUAUCCUACCUUCCCUCCAUUUCGAUGGCCAGUGCCACUCCGCUGGCCGGGCAUCCAAUGAACGCGGCUGCCCAGAUCGAGGCCAUAGUCAGCAACAUGGGGGCCUCCAAGCAGGGCCACCUCUGCAUCUACUGCGGAAAGGUGUACUCCAGGAAGUACGGCCUUAAGAUCCACAUACGCACCCACACAGGAUUCAAGCCGCUAAAGUGCAAGUUCUGCCUACGACCUUUCGGCGAUCCGAGUAAUCUCAACAAGCAUGUGCGCCUCCAUUUACAAACUCAUCCUGGCAGUGCGACGGGAGCCGGAGACGGCGGAGGUGCGAGUGGAGCUGGAAGCGAUAUAGACAUUGAGGGGGAAGCGGAUGCCGGCUACCAGUGUCAUAUCUGUAACAAGUCCUUUCCACGGAGACGGGAUCUGCAGCGGCACAUGGAGACCCGACACGGUGGAUCCAGUCAGUCUAGCUCAGCAAGCAGCACCAGUACUACCACUACGAUGACGGGCUCUAGGCCAACCACUGCCUCCACUUCCAAAUCGAGCUGA